CAAGUGUUUUUAAUAUAGAAGCGUCUUAAGACGAACUUUGCAGUUUUGUUGUAUUCGUGUAGUAUUUUAAUAAAAUAAAAUUAAUACUAGUUUAUUUUAAUACUAAAAUAUGUCUUUAUUAACACAAUAUGAGCAGCAAUAUGCUAGCUUAAUUGCGGAGAUAACUGGAAAUGUCGGUAGACUGAAUUUGCAGAGUGGACCAGAUCGUCGGGAGCUAUGUGUAAAAAUUGAAACCGAACUCUCAGAAGCACAGGAGUUAUUAGAGCAGAUGGAAUUAGAAAUAAGUGAUCUUAGCAGUGCGCAACGACCCAGUUUCACAAGUAAACUAAAUUGCGCACAAGCCGAACUAAAAAGACUGCAAAAUGAUUAUCGUAAUGCAAAAGAUAAGCGUGCAGCAAAUACAGUCGUAGAUUUGGGUGCAGCUAGUGAUGCUGACUACUACGAUGAUGUACCGAUAGCAAUUGAUCAGCGACAACGCUUAUUAGAUAACUCUGAACGUUUGGAACGUACUGGUAAUCGUCUAACAGAAGGUUAUCGUAUUGCAUUAGAAACGGAACAAUUAGGUACACAAGUACUAAACGACCUACAUCAUCAGCGUGAGACAAUAAAUAGUGCAAGAUCCAGAGUGCGUGAAACAAAUGCUGACUUGGGACGUGCAUCACGUACACUUAACUAUAUGAUGGUGCGUGCUUUGCGUGAAAAAGCGGUGCUUUAUUGUGUAGGAGUAUUUUUCGUUGCAGCAGUGGUUUUAAGUUUAUAUCUCACAUUCGCACCAAGCUCAACAGAAUCUUAAUGCAUUUUUAUUUUAUAAUCUUUAUUAUUGUUAUUAAUGUAAAGUUCGCUGUUAUCUGUCUGCCUCGACUUUAUAAUUGUUAUUUAGUUAAAUUAUUUUAUUUUAUAUUAUAUUUGUAAUCUGUAAUGCUGUUUUUUUUUAUUUAUAAGUUUUAAUAUUCAUUCCAAACCAAAAUUGCAAUAUCGCGUUACAAAAAUUACUAAAGAACUAAAGAAUGUUGUUUUUAUUAUAUUAGUGUUUUAUAUGAUAUUUAUAAAUAAUUGAAA